UAUGAAUCGAGUCGAGUUGAGCAGCCGUCGCGACCAAGGCAAAAGCAGAAGCUCUUCUUAGGUUGAUACCAACUGAGUAGUGAGUACUGAAGCAGCAUCUAUCUCCAUGGCAGCGAGCUCUGCCAUCAAAGAGCUGAAUCGGGAUUCGACGAACUGGGCUAAAGUAGUGGAAGAGAUGGUGAAGCUUGAGAGAAAAUUAUUCCCCAAGCACGAAUCGCUUGCCAGAUCCUUCGACGACGAAGUGAAAAGGAAGAACUCCGGGUUGCUGUACGCGGAGGUGGAAGGGGAAAUUGCAGGCUACGUGAUGUUUUCGUGGCCAUCUUCCUUGUAUGCUUCAAUCACCAAACUUGCAGUGAAGGAGAAGUUUAGAAGGCAAGGGCAUGGAGAAGCACUACUAAAAGCAGCAAUCCAGAGAUGCAGAAGCAGAAAAAUCCAGCGUGUUUGCCUUCACGUUGAUCCUACAAGAACUGCUGCCGUUGGUCUCUAUCGCAAAUUGGGCUUUCAAAUCGACAAGCUAGUUGAAUGCUAUUAUUCUUCCGAUCGGAAUGCCUACAGAAUGUAUUUGGAUUUUGACAGUGAUUAGUCUUGAUAUGAACGGAUCCAAAACUUGUUUCCUGUUUCUCGAAUUCAUGGAUGUGCCCAAUGCAAUUUCCCGUUUUGUGUGUCUUGAGAACAGUGUGCAUUGAUCCUCCAUUUCUUCUUCUUUUGCAGACGAAAAUGUCGAAGCGGAAGCAUUUGAUUAGUGAGCAUUCAAUAAAACAAUUCGGUGCAUUUUUA